CAUUUCAUGGGGGAAAAUCCUGCCAAGAACCAUUAUGCACAGCUUAACCAGGGAGAAGAGAAUGAGAUGGAGAUAUUUGGCUACAAAACUCAAGGCUGCCGAAGGGCCUUGUGCAUUGCUGGGUACAUCUUGUCCUGUGGGGCUCUGAGGCUGCUGUUUUACUGGAAGCCAGAGUGGGAUGUGUGGAUAAACUGCAUCCGAUGCAGCUUGGAAGAAGCCGAUAUUGUUCUGCUUAGAACAACGGAUGAUUUUCGGACUUAUUCUCAUAAGACUGUGACUUGGAUCUCUGUGUCUGCAUUUAUCAAAAGCAGAUCAGACUAUCCAGCCACUGAGGAAGACUCAAUCUUCAGCAAAGCUGUAAUGAAGCCAAGUUUGCUAGUAAAAACUAUCCAAGUGCAAAAAAUCCGCUAUGUCUGGAAUGACUAUGCAAAACAGUUCCAGAAAGUUGGAGUCCUAGAAGAUCACUACACUUGCUCAGCUAUACAUGAUAAAUUUGGUUCUGGUCUCACCUGCAAUGAACAAAAUGUCAGGAGAGUUAUUUGUGGGCCAAACACUAUUGAUGUUCCAGUGAUCCCUAUUUGGAAGCUACUCAUCAAAGAGGUCCUAAAUCCGUUUUACGUGUUCCAGCUGUUCAGUGUGUGUCUGUGGUUUGCUGAAGAUUACAUGGAGUAUGCCAUUGCCAUCAUAUUCAUGUCUCUCCUCUCAAUAUUUUUGACUGUAUAUGAUCUUAGAAAGCAAUCCAUUAAACUGCACAAACUGGUUGAGUCUCAUAACAGCAUCAUGGUCACUGUCUGCAGAAAUAAGGAAGGUUUCCAAGAGUUGGAAUCACACUAUCUUGUUCCUGGAGAUUUGCUGAUUUUGAAAGAGGGCAAAACCCUUUUGCCUUGUGAUGCCAUCCUGGUCAGCGGGCAGUGCACUGUAAAUGAAAGCAUGCUGACAGGAGAAAGUAUUCCUGUAACAAAGAUCCACCUACCACAAGCUGAUAAUUUGAAGCCCUGGAGAGUGUACUGUGCAGAGGAUUACAGAAAACAUGUCCUCUUCUGUGGAACAGAGGUCAUCCAGACCAAGGCAGAUGACAGAGGAGUAGUGAAAGCUGUGGUGCUGCAGACUGGUUUCAACACAGCCAAGGGGGAUCUGGUGAGAUCCAUUCUGUACCCUAAACCCAUGAACUUCAAGCUGUACAGGGAUGCCAUGUGGUUCCUGAUGUGCCUCAUAGCAUUAGCAGCCAUUGGAAUGAUCUACACAGUGUGUGUAUUUGCACUUAAUGGGGAGGAGACAGGAGAAGUGGUGAAGAAGGCUUUGGAUGUUAUCACUAUUGCUGUCCCACCAGCUCUGCCAGCUGCCUUGACAACAGGAAUCAUUUAUACCCAGCAGAGGUUGAAGAAAAAGGGCAUCUUUUGCAUCAGCCCACAGAGGAUCAACGUGUGUGGGCAGCUGAACCUUGUCUGCUUUGACAAAACUGGCACCUUAACAGAAGAUGGCCUGGAUCUUUGGGGCUUGCUGCCCUCUGAAAGAAACUGCUUUCAGAAUAUUCACAGUUUCCCUGCAGAUCACGGCCUGCCUUGGGGCCCAGUGUUCAAAGCACUGGCAGUUUGUCAUUCAUUAAUUGUUUGGGAAGGCAAGAUCCAAGGAGACCCACUGGAUGUGAAAAUGUUCGAGGCUACCAACUGGGUGAUAGAUGAUUCCAGCAGACAUCAGAAUGAAGAUCAAGAAUCCACACAUGCCACUGUUGUUAGACCUGGACUUCAAGCCACCACUGCCCCUGUGGAAGGAAUUACCAUUUUACAUCAGUUCCCAUUUUCCUCAGCCUUGCAAAGAAUGUCUGUCAUUGCCCAGGAAAUUGGUGGGGACACACAGGCCUUCACAAAAGGGGCUCCUGAAACAGUGGCCAUGCUGUGCAGAGCAGAAACAGUCCCAUCGAACUUUGAAAGCAAGCUCCUGCUCUACACAGCCCAGGGCUUUCGAGUCAUUGGCCUGGCCUGUAAAUCUCUGCAGGCAGGGAAGCCACCUGCUGCUCUAACAAGGGAGGAGGUAGAAUCUGAUCUGACAUUCCUGGGCCUGCUGAUAAUGGAGAAUCGAUUAAAGAGGGAGACAAAGCCUGUUCUGGAAGAGCUCAGUGCUGCCUGCAUCAGGACUGUUAUGGUCACAGGGGACAACAUUCAGACAGCUAUAACAGUUGCCAAAAAUGCUGGCAUGAUAGCUCCAACACACAGAGUGAUUCUUGUGGAAGCAAAUGAAGGGCCUGGAUCUUUUUCAGCAUCUAUAACCUGGAAAUUCCUAGAAGAAAACAAAAUUGAAGAUUACAGAGGCCUGGAGGAUGACAGUCAGACUGACCCAGGAAUCAGGCUGGCAUUGGCAUCAGGCCAGUAUCACUUUGCCAUGAGUGGAAAAUCUUACCAAAUUGUAGCACACCAUUUCAGGCACUUACUUCCAAAGCUCUUGCUGAAUGGAACAGUUUUUGCUAGAAUGUCUCCUAGUCAGAAAUCCAGUCUUGUAGAAGAAUUUCAAAAGCUGGAUUACUUUGUGGGCAUGUGUGGAGAUGGAGCCAAUGACUGUGGGGCUUUGAAAGUGGCACAUGCAGGGAUAUCCCUGUCGGAGCAGGAGGCAUCUGUGGCUUCACCGUUCACAUCCCGAACGCCCAGCAUAGCCUGUGUUCCAGAGCUAAUCAGGGAAGGCCGUGCUGCUCUUGUCACUUCCUUCUGCAUGUUCAAGUACAUGGCGCUGUACAGCAUAAUUCAGUACCUUGGUGUUCUCCUGCUUUACUGGCAACUAAACUCCUUUGGGAAUUACCAAUUUUUGUUCCAAGAUCUGGCUAUUACCACUGUAAUUGGUGUGACAAUGAGUUUCACACGUGCCUAUCCAAAGCUGGUCCCCUACAGGCCUCCAAGCCAGCUCAUCUCACCCCCACUGCUGCUCUCUGUUGUGCUUAACAUCCUCUUCAGCCUCAGCAUGCAGAUCUUCGGGUUUGUGGUGGUCCAGGAGCAGCCUUGGUAUUCCCAGACCGAUAUACACAGUGCCUGCCUAUCAGUGAACAACCAUGAGAGGAAUUCAUCCUCCAGCCUGGGCCUCCAUGGGGUGAGAGAUGGAGCUCAUGAGCAAACAGACAAUGGCUUCAAGAGCUAUGAAAACACCACAGUGUGGCUGCUAAGUACCAUCAAUUGCCUCAUUGUAGCACUAGUGUUUUCCAAGGGAAAGCCUUUCAGGCAACCCAUCUACACCAACUAUGUGUUCAUACUGGUGCUCAUAGGGCAGCUGGGUAUUUGCCUCUUCUUGAUGUUUGCUGACAUUGAUGGUCUCUACUCCAAGAUGGAUCUCGUUUGCACCCCUACCACGUGGCGAAUCUCCAUGGUGGGAAUGCUUGCAGUCACACUGGCUGUGUCCUUCCUUGUUGAGGAAGCAGUCAUUGAGAACAGACCCCUGUGGCUGCUUCUGAAAAAGACAUUCCAGUACCACUCAAAGAGCCACUACAAGAGGCUGCAGCGUGUGUUGGAGCAGGACUCAGCCUGGCCACCUCUGAAUGAAACCUUCUUCUCAGAUUCUGUGGCAGUAACAGUAGAAGGAAAUAUGGGAGGCCAUAGCAAUCCAACAUUUGACAGCAAUGAGGACUCGCUCUGAAAGAAACUGCAGUGAACAAAUGUCCAGGACAGUUGAAUUUGAUCUUAAAAGACUCAGUGACUUAAAAAGAGGAAGAGCUGCUCUCCCAUUCUAGGAGUAACCAGCUCUUGCUUACAUCUAAAUUAACUGGAAGCACAACAUCUUCUACAGUAAUACAAAGCCACAAUGAUGUUUCCUCUGUCCCCUUGCCCAUAUACAAAUGACUGCCAGCUGAAUAUUGGUAAAGUAUUUGUGGUUGAAACAGCCAUUACUGUGUCCCUCUGUUGAACUGCAUUAUUGGGGUCCCUAAGGGUGGGAGAUGCUCCAAAUGAACAGUAGCUAAUUGCAAUAGCAGCACUCCCCUGGGCAGAUCUCCUUUGAGAAAACAAGUAGAACUUACUGCUAAUAGAGGCUGCUGAGCAUAGGUGUCCCUGGGAUUCCUCCUGGAGUUUCAGAUACUGCUACUCAGUGUCUUGCUUAUUUUUGGAAGUUUAGUUUUAACCCUUCUGGCAAUACUUGGCUUCCCGAGCUGAAAGGAGCUGCAAACAGCCAAAGCUUUCUGGAAGUGUCCACUCCCAGCACCGUUGUGCUUUUCCCAUGAUGGGAGCAAGAAGCACUCUCUUGCAAGCUCACUGCUACCAGGAAACCUGUUUGCCCUCUUAGUUUUUAGCAAGUGAUAUUUGCAUUUUAUAGGUAAAAAAUGUUGACCUGCAAAGCAGAAUGAUUUCAUUAUUUAACUUUUUCUUUUUUUUUUUUUUUGGCAGGAGGUAUUUUUUCAGGAUAUCCAUUACACUGUAGAAUGGAAUGUGUUCAUUACAAAUUAUGAUCCUUCAAGGUCAUACUGUCCCUUGUGGGGUGAGCUUUCUUUACCAGGGCAGGUUCUGCACAGCUGGCUGCUACCUGGCAUCAGUUUUACCAGUGCCAAAAGAAGCAAAUAUUGAAGAGGUUAUUAACCUCUAGGACCUAAGGCCUGAAAUAAAAGAUGUGGAGCCAGCUAGGCCUCAAAAUAUUUUUUUUUAAUUCUGUGGCAUGCUCUUAGAGUCCAACCAUCAGAGGUUUAGUCUCUGGUUUCUCCAUAAUUGUAGAUGCAAUUCAAUCAUCAGCUCAUAUCCCUCACCUGCUAACCUUUGAUAAAAAAUUUUACUCACUUUGCUGUGCUGUAUUUGCCAUACAUAGAUGCAACAAUACUGCACAUUCCCAGCAAGUGUUACCUACUAAGAAAAAAAGAAGCUUCUACCUGCCCAUACUCUCUUAGCCCACUGAUGUUAAUCUGCAUUUCUCCUCACUGCAUUUUGCAAUUUUGGUUCCCAGCUGGAUAAAACAACAAGAUAGUCAAUCAGAAGGGCUUUGGACCAAGAGGAACUCUUCCUUCAUUGGAUAAGAUGUGCAGAGGAGCUAUGUUUUUGAGUUGCCUUCACAGCUUGUUUGCCACUCUUGGAGCUAGCCCAUGUUUUUACUGGGUGGGGCUGAGAUGCACUGGAGACUGUAUUUUCCCACCAUUGAGUGCUAAAGCACUCAUGUGCUGCCACAGGAAACAGGCAAGCUGGGAAUCAAUUGGGGAAGACUUAUUUGGGUUUUAGAUUUAAAAAUCAGCUUGGGAAAUAGAGAGCAAAUCUGAAGAAAACGUUAAUUGUUUUGAGUCAAUAUACCUGCACCAGAGUGGAGUCUGAAAAUAAUCUAGCCUGAACCUGAAAAUAACUAAGAAAAUAAAGAAAUAAUAGCUAAGAAUAAAAAUAAAAUACUCAACAAACUUAAACAAACAAUAUUUCAACUUGAAAAAAACAUUUAUUUGACUCAAAGCAAUUUUAUCAUCUGUUUUUGACAAGUUUGACAUAAGCAAAUGGAGUAAUACCUUUCCACCUACGGUAAUUUACCUAAUGGUAAAUGCCUGUCACACAACUUGACACAAACUAGAAAUAUUUCAUAAUAAUUCCUAGAAGUGUCUCCCAAGUUUUCCUGGGUUCCCAGUUCACAGCAAAAGCCACUGGGAGAAGGCUGGAUGCUCUCUGCAUUCCUUACAGCUGGAGGCACCAAAGAGCAGGUUUAGCGCAGGGACUCCUGUCAUUCUGUCUUUUAGGUACAGUAACAUUUUCUGAAGACAAAGUUCACUGUCCUGUUACAAACUCCCCGACAAAACCAAUAUGUUGCUGUAUGUGAUACAGUGACAGCAGCAGUAGCAUUGCAGACCAGGCAUGUGGUUUAUGUUCAGAUAUCACUGACACUAUAAAAGUAUCAAGUCUUGGUAAGCCUGUGGUAAUUGUUGGGUUGAGGAGAUAAAAACUGCUUGCCUGCUGCUGAAAUACAGCCUUACCUGCAAGAGAGCAGAAUUCAGAUGCCAGGCAAUGUUUAACCUCAGUCACUCUAGGCACUGUCAUCACCUCUGCUCCUUUUCAAAGGGGUCAGUGAGUCAGGCCAGCACUUGGGGACACAGUUAUGAAAUUUCACCUGGGUGCCUUGGGAUGGGGUGGCUGAUUCUUCACAGGCAUAAUCCAUGGGGGAGAGCUGCUGAGCCUCUUUUUUGGCUAUUAGCACACAUGCCUGGCAGAAGGUUGCAGGGAAUGAUAGGGAAGCUAAGGAGAUGCUGCAUGCUUGUAACAGCUAAAUAUUUCCCUUAUUGACUGUGUCUCUUCUUGGAGAGCAGUACUGCCAAAGACUGAUGCCCUUCUCCUCUGCUGUUGGCCCUCAUUCCUGACAGAACUUUUCCUGUGACAGGGAGAUCUUGCCUCCUGACUGAGCAGCAGCACAGACCUGGAGCACUUUUGCUUUUUGCAGCUGCUGGAACCAAAUCACAACUGCCCUUUCAUGGAGGCUCUUGCUAAUGAUCUGUAUUUUAGUCCAGCUAAGGCACACUCGUUCUUCUUUAACAGCCUUGGUUUAGUAGUCCAGAAACUAAAAAUCACCAGAGAAAUGCUGCUGCUGGGUUUACUUGUGGUCUCAACAGCAGAAUAAAGUACAGAGGGAAAUAUUUACAAAAUUGAUAUUUUUAAUUUCUUUUUCACCUCAUAACUUCCUUUUCUCCCACAACAUAGACACGGAAUGUUUUUUCCUGAAUAAAUAAGGAAAUACUGCAGGACUGAUCUUCCUCUACAGAGGACAAAACAAAUACAUCUUGUGGAUAAGAGGAGAAACAGUUAUGGAUGGUUACUUGCUGAGUUUGCAUCUAGAAAUGGCAGGCAUGUGUUUCUGUAUGCAGGAUAUUUUCGUGCCAUCUGUGUUCACUUCACUGGGAUAUGGAUGCUACAUGAGUGUCCUUAAAAUGGGAGAUACCUCUGAAUGCUGGGACUCUAAACUAGUCUGUUCCUGGACUUUUACUGAAGUACGUUUGAAACCCUACAAAAUUCAUGAAAAUUCCAGGGCUCUUGAAAUGGGUUAAAUUUGAUGUUACCAACCUUUCAGUGCCCUCUGGACAGAGGUUUUGAAGUAAAUUCCAGUGUGACACUCUGAAAAGUUUAUUUAAUUUGAACUUUGCCUUUUCAUCCAAGGCUGAAACCUCAUGUUUGAAAUACUAAUGGUAGUGCCUGGAGGCAGACUGGUCCUCAUAAGCUUGUGGUAGUUCAGUCCAGAUACAACUUCAGUGUCCAAGGGCUGGCACCCUCAUUUAGUGUCUUUCUAUUUGUUCUAGUAAAUGUUGAAGAAUGUAUUAAAUUUUCAGUGAGGGACCAAAUUUGUCAGAUGAAUAGUUCAUUUAAGCUCCAAUCUUUAUGCAGAAAACACUUUCAAUGGCUAUUUUAGUUCCACUAGCCUCCAGAAUAGUCUGUCACUAAUUCAGAGAAUCCGAGUGGUGAGCAAAUCUCCGAAAAACAUCAUUUAAACCUUUUGCUG